CCAUUGUUUUUUUCAUAUAAAUUCGUUGUAAUUCGUUUGUACGUUCAUUACCAAUAAUAAUGAUCCACUUUUUCUUUAUAUAGUGUUAAAUUUGUAAUACGUUUUUGAUCAAACCCACACUUUGAUCGAAUUUAUCCUUUAUACAUUUGAAUUUUGUGAAUUUGCUUUGUCAAAAUGUAAGAGAAAUCAACAAAUAUACGUUUCCAUACUUCCUAUUUUUAUAGUAUAGACACAAUUCAUAAAUCAAAUUUAAAACGAAUUCAUGAGGUUUCAUUGAGAGAUAAGAAUCAAAUUGAUGAUAUGGGUGAUGAUCAAGUUUGUGAUUCGGAUAGCGAAUAUGAUCCUAUUGUUACUGAAUCAGAUGACACAUUCACUAAUGAGUAUAUAUCAGAAGAAUCUGAUUCAUCAAAUUCUGAUAUUGAUCAAAGUGAUAUUGCCACAGAUAGUCAACCAGAAGCAUUACAGAAGACCGGUGUUACAUGGUCUAUACAUUCAAUUCCAAUUCUUGAUGAAAUUGUUCUUCAUACAAAUCAUUAUGCCAAACGAUAUUUUGAUCAAACUCAAAGAUCACGACAAGGUUCUAAUACUAUGAAAUUGAAUUCAUUUCAAUGGAAACCAUUAGAUCGUAUUGAAUUAGAAUCUUUUAUUGGUUUACUGAUUCAAUCUGGUGUUAAUAAGAACAACCAUGAAUUACUUUCUGAACUAUGGGACAUUAGUCAAAGUAGUCCAAUAUAUCGAGCUACAAUGUCCUUUGAACAUUUUAGAUAUCUUCUUCAAUUCAUUCGAUUUGAUGAUCGACAACAUUGUGACAAACCUGACCGUCUUUCUCCCAUUAGAUUCAUAUUUGAAAGUUUUGUCAAACAACUUUCUCGACAUUUUGUACCCAGUGAAAAUUUAACUGUUGAUGAAUAA